GCUCUUUCUGCCUCCGCCUUGCUUCGGUUCUCAUGUUACUAUGAUAAUGUUAACAUGUGUCGUACUAUGCAUUGAGGCGUUGAGUCCACUGUCAACGAUCCUUUGAAGUGCCUUUAUAAAGGCCUGGAAAGUCCUCCAGGUUCUUCCCAUUGAAGAUCUAUCAAUAGACACAAUAUCCCUUACAGAGAACUCUAUACAAACAAACGAAGAAAAAGAUGGACAAUACUCGGCAACCUCGCAUCACGGCGUGGGAAAGAGGAGGAUACAGCACCCCACGUGCCGUUACUCAGCGUCUGGUCCCGAAUGAAGCUGCCCCUUGCAGGCUUUCCCCUGGUGAUGCCCAACCCGACGGCAGCUCGAGUCUAAGUCAAAGCUUUAGCGAGGUCGAAUCUCGCUCCAACCGUCGAAAGAACUUCUGGGCCAAGUUGAGGAGACCUAAAAGCCAAGACGCCCGCGUGCAAGAACAAGUUUUUGCAGUUCCAAACAAUGCAGCUCCGCCUCGCCGCGCAUCGGCCGGAGAGAAACUCGUCUGGAACGCAGAGCAGAAGCUUUGGAUGUUUGGAAAAAACACCGGUUCAUCUGGUGGGUCAAAUUGCGGUAGGCAUCGCGGUUCAUCGACCGAGCAUGCAGAGGAGGAUCUGCUAUUUGCACAGCUACCCGGACAUUACGCGCUUAGCAGCAUUUAUAACUGCGCCAAUUACGAUCAAGCACUUCCGGCAUACGAUCCCGUCAGGCAUGUUGAUGAUGUUGGCCGGAGGACUAGCCCGGAUGGACAGUGGAUGCUGGUUGCUGUCACCAUGAUAGGACAGUCCGCCUCGAGUUGAAAGUGGAGCCGACCAAUUUUCAUCUAAAAGACUUCUGCAUCCAAGCUUCUGAAAGCCAAGUGACUCGCCAUAGCACUUGCCUUUGAAAAGUUAAACCUUCGUGCGGCUUGGGCCAUGUUGCUCCGAUGCAUGUACAUACGUGCAGUACAUACGGCUCUUCGAAGACCGGUUUGAAGAACGCACUCAAACCCGCCCACCACUGCUGGCCAGUGUCAGCUCGUGUGGCGAUCGGCUUCAUAGCCAUAUCGUCGUUUUCAAAACAAUUUUCCCUCCAAGUUGACGUCGAUGUCGACGUGGCGCUUCGUCUUUCUCUCUUCGUUACUUCCAACGCUGAAACGAAGGUGUGACAUCUGAAGUGGGGUUGGAAGGAAAGAUAUCAGGGAAAUUUUAGAGAUGAC